CACCACUUCCAGCAGCAUCACUUAACAAGCUCCACUGGAAAAGAUGUCUCAUCUACUCUUUGCCCUACUUUCUUUAUUUUCUCUUGCAAUCCUUCUGGAAGCAAAGUGGAAACUGAAGGAGAAUGUUUAUGUCAUAGAGUCAGAGUGGACGCAGGAAGCACCGCCUGAAGAAGUAGACCUCACCUGCAAUAUAUCUGAAGAGCAAGCUAUGUCUGUCUACUGGAUGAAGGAUGAGGAAAGAAUAGCAACUGGCAAGACCCUAACCAUUUCAGUAAAGGAAUUCCCAGAUGCUGGCAACUACACCUGUCAGAAAAGUGAUACCGAUGAGAUUUUAAAUUACUAUUUUUUCCUUAUUACUAAAAAAGACUCGAGCAGACAAAUAUCGAAGUGGAUUCUAAAAAGUUUUAAAGAACCAAACAACAUGACAUUUUUAAAAUGUGAGGCAAAGAAUUAUUCAGGGAUUUUCGUAUGUUCAUGGAAGACAGAAAAUGAGAGUCCAAAUGUGCAGUUCACAAUCAAAAGUCUAAAAGGAUCUCAAGAGGAUGUUUCUGGAAAUGUCAUCUGUGGAAGCCCUGUGCCUCAACGCCAUGAAUUAGAGACAACGUACACAGUCAGUUGUCAGAAAAUCAAUCACUGCCCAUUUGCUGAGGAGCAUCAGCCCACUGAGAUGUUCCUGGAAGUUAUUGAUGAGACACAAUAUGACAACUGCACCAGCAGCUUCUUCAUCCGAGAUAUCAUAAAACCUGACCCUCCCGAGUGCGAGUAUGUGGUAAAAAAUGGCACAGUGACAUGGAAAUACCCCAGAACAUGGAACAUACCAGAGUCUUAUUUCCCUUUGACAUUUAAAGUCAAUGCUGAAGAGUCAACACCUCAAAAAAACAAGUUUUAUGAUACUGAUGAACAGUUCAUUCAUUUGUCAAAGACAAGCAAGUUUGACAAGAUCUAUGUCCAGGCCAGAGAUCAGUAUUACAAUUCAUCUUGGAGUGACUGGAAACUUUGCAGUAAUCAGUAAGAGAUUUCAGGGAAAUGGCUGAAGGAAAGCCCCCUCACUCCCGAAGAAAAUGAAACAGACAAAGGACAAGAUGUAAAACAUGGAUGGGAGGAAAAACUGCUUCUGAAAUGUAUUAGGAAGUCAUGGCACAUAUAUUUUUUGUACUAGAUUAAUAUGAUGACAGUGAUUGACCCAGCUCUUGUAUGUUCCCAAGAUU